AUGCGUGGCAGUUUUGCGGGUGUUGGAGCAGGGGCGGCGGGGCUGGGAGCGAGACCCGCUGGGGAUGGGCAGCCCGGGCAGGUCCUGCGGAGGGAGUGCUGUUCUUACGGGCCUGGAAUUUGUCUGGAAUAUGUACAAGAUGGUGAACCAAAGUCCAGAUCUAUAGAUCUGCUUGAUCUUACACCUGACACAGAUGCCACAGCCUUAGUAGAAGAAAUUCAGAAAGGAGAACCGCUCAUCACAGCUUCGUGCAAGGAGUAUGUCAUUCAUAUAAUACGAAGAUUGCAAGAGAAGAUAGGGGAGAAAGAAGAUCAUAAGUUCAAACUUUUUAAGAUACUGAGAGCACAUAUUUUACCACUGACUAAUGUGGCAUUUAACAAAUCUGGUUCUCGCUUUAUCACUGGAAGCUAUGACAGAACCUGCAAAGUAUGGGAUACUGCAUCAGGAAAAAUUCUACAUACACUGGAGGGACAUGGAAAUGUUGUCUUCGCAAUAGCAUUCAAUAAUCCCUAUGGUAACAUGAUUGCCACUGGAUCUUUUGAUAAAACCUGCAAACUGUGGAGUACGGAAACAGGAAUAUGUUCCCAUACUUUCAGAGGGCAUAAGGCAGAAAUAGUAUGUUUGUCAUUUAAUCUUCAGAGCACAUUGGUGGCAACUGGAAGCAUGGAUACCACUGCCAAAUUAUGGGAUAUAGAGAAAGGAGAAGAAAGAGCCACUUUAAGUGGACACUCUGGAGAAAUUAUUGCAGUGUCUUUCAACACCACUGGAGAGAGGAUUAUCACUGGCUCCUUUGACCAUACAGUAAAAGUGUGGGAUGUUGGCACUGGCAGGUUGUUACAUACUUUAAUAGGUCACAGAGGAGAGAUUUCCAGUAUACAGUUCAGCUGGGACUGUUCUCUCAUUGUCACUGGAUCAUUGGACAAAACAUGCAUGCUGUGGGAUGCCAUGGCUGGGACACACAUAGCAACUUUAACAGGUCACAGUGAUGAAAUAGUGGAUGUCUGCUUUGAUUAUGUCGGCCAGCGUGUUGCAACUGCCUCCUCUGAUGGAUCAGCAAGAAUCUAUAAUGUGGAAACAAAAAAGUGCAUUGCAAAGCUAGAAGGGCAUGGAAGUGAAAUUUCUAAGGUGUGUUUCAACCCUAAAGGUGAUCGUGUACUGACAGCCAGCUCUGAUAAAACAGCUCGACUCUGGGAUGCUGCUACUGGGCACUGCCUGCAGGUAUUAGAGGGCCACACGGAUGACAUAUUCUCCUGUGCUUUCAAUUACGAAGGCGAUAAAAUCAUUACAGGGAGCAAGGAUAACACCUGUAGAAUAUGGCACUGA